UUUCUCCACUGAGAUUGGGUGGGACUACAACCAGAGGCCAUGGGUUAUGGGUGAAAGGUGAAAUGUUAAGGGGAGCAUGAGAGGAACUUCUUCACAUAGAGGGUCAUCCGGCUGUGGAAUGAGCAGCCAGCACAAGUGGUGCAUGCGAGCUCGAUUUUAACGUUUAAGAGGUUUGUGUAGAUACCUGGAUGGUAGGGGUGUGGGAGUGGGCUGUUUAAAUAGUUCAGCACAAACUAGAUGGCCCAAAGGGCCUGUUUCUGUGUUGAAAUUUUCUAUGAUUGCGACAAGAACCUGAAAUAAUACAAAAAUUCACUCUAAGUCCUUUUAACAGAUGUGCGGCCAACCAGUCAUUUCAGCAGGAAUUUUUUAAAUGGCGUUAAAAUUGUGGCAUUUUGUUAAUAAUACACAAGAGAAGAUCCCAGCUGCAUGUCAAGAAAGACAAUUUGCAUGAGAGUGUUUCAGUCACUGUGGGACAAGGAACACGUGCCGCUCAGCAGGAGCCAGGAAUAAUACCAAUGGAGGGAGUCAAAAUGAGCCAGGUCACAGAUUGGAGACGACAGAAAUGCUCCAUUGUUAUUGAGACAGGAAGAGUAUCAGGGAAUUGAUGGUCAUUCCAGGUUCCAGCACUCUACCCAGUCAGGAGAUGAUUUCUCUGUCCAACUUAGGGUGAACCUCACUGUAACCGUGUGAUACCAGAUCAAACCUUGGCAACUCAAGUAAUCUCAUCUGAAAUGUUGUCCUAAACCCAUUGAUGGAUUUUGUAAAUUUUUUUACAGGUUAAAAAUGAGAAGGAAUUCAUCUCCAGGAAGCUCAAAAACGACACGCCAGUUUUGUUGUCUCUGCCUAGAUACUUAAGAAGUGGAGCAAGGGAUCCAAUUGUCCACCCUUCCUGCUCAGACUGUGGGGAGGAAUUCACUCGGUGAUUUUGACCAACUGGCACGCCCAUCAUUUUACACAGGAAAAAGGACAUUCACCUGCCAAGACAGUGGGAAUGGAUUCACUCGGUCAUCUCAACUAAAGGUACAUCAGCAAGUUCACACUGGACAAGGCCAUUCACCUGUUCUGUGUGUGAGAAGGGGUUCAGUCGGUCAUCCCACCUGUGGACACACCAAUCAGUUCACACCGGGCAGAGGCUGGUCUUCUGCAGAACUUCUGGGUAAGGAUUCACUCUGUCAUCUGACCUAAUGGCUCACCAGCGAGUUCACACUGGGGAGCGGCCGUUCACUUGCUCAGUCUGUGAGAAGAGAUUUACUCAGUCAUCCAACCUACAGAGUCACCAGCGAGUUCACACUGGGGAGAAGCCAUUCACCUGCUCAGUCUGUGGGAAAGGAUUCACUCUGUCAUCCACCCUACUGGUACAUCAGCGAAUUCACACUGGGGAGAAGCUGUUCACCUGCUCAGACUGUGGAAAGGGAUUCACACUGUCAUCCCGCCUACUGGUACAUCAGCAAAUUCACACUGAGGAGAAGCCGUUCACCUGCUCAGUCUGUGAGAAGAGAUUUACUCAGUUAUCCAACCUACAGAGUCACCAGCGAGUUCACACUGGGGAGAAGCCAUUCACCUGCUCAGUCUGUGGGAAAGGAUUCACUCUGUCAUCCACCCUACAGAGACACCAGCGAGUUCACACUGAGGUGAAGCCAUUCACCUGCUCAGUCUGUGGGAAAGGAUUCACUCUGUCAUCCACCCUACAGAGUCACCAGCGAGUUCACACUGGGGAGAAGCCUUUCACCUGCUCAGUCUGUGGGAAAGGAUUCACUCUGUCAUCCAACCUACAGAGACACCAGCGAGUUCACACUGAGGUGAAGCCAUUCACCUGCUCAGUCUGUGGGAAAGGAUUCACUGUGUCAUCCAUCCUACUGGUACAUCAGCGAAUUCACACUGGGGAGAAGCUGUUCACCUGCUCAGACUGUGGGAAGAGAUUCACUGACUCUUCCACCCUACGGAGACACCAGCGAGUUCACACUGGGGAGAAGCCGUUCACCUGCUCAGAAUGUGGGAAGCGGUUCACUCGGUCAUCCAACCUACGGAGACACCAGCGAGUUCACAGUGGGGAGAUGCCGUUCACCUGCUCAGUGUGUGGGAAAGGAUUCACUGACUCUUCCACCCUGCAGAGACACCAGCGACUUCACACUGGGGAGAAGCCGUUCACCUGCUCAGACUGUGGGAAGAGAUUCACUCGAUCAUCUGACCUGCUGGCGCACCGACGUGUUCACACUGGAGAGAGGCCAUUCACCUGCUCAGACUGUGGGAAGGGAUGCAGUCAGUUAUCUGCACUGAAGGUACAUCAGCGAGUUCACACUGGAGAGAGGCCAUUCACCUGCUCAGAUUGUGGGAAGAGAUUUACUCAGUUAUACAACCUACAGAGUCACCAGCGAGUUCACACUGGAGAGAGGCCAUUCAUCUGCUCAGAAUGUGGGAUGGGAUUUGCUCAGUCAUCUCACCUCCUGAGACACCAGUCAGUUCACACUGGGGAGUGGCCAUUGAACUGCUCAGAUUGUGGGAAGGGAUUCCCUCGGUUAUCCCAACUACUGGGACACCAGAAAGUUCACACUGGGGACAGGCCUUUCACCUGCUCAGAAUGUGGGAAGGGAUUCAGUAAUUCAUCCCACCUACAGAGACAUCUGCGAGUUCACACUGGGGAGAAGCCAUUCACCUGCUCGAACUGUGGGAAGGGAUUCAUUCAAUUAUCUGAUCUACAAAAUCACCAGCGAGUUCACACUGGGGAGAGGCCAUUCACCUGCUCAAACUGUGGGAAGGGAUUCACUCAGUUAUCCACCCUACACAGUCACCAACGAGUUCACACUGGGGAGAAGCCAUUCACCUGCUCAGUCUGUGGGAACGGAUUCAGUGAUUCAUCCGCCCUACACCGUCACCAACGAAUUCACACUGGGGAGAAGCCAUUCACCUGUUCAGAGUGUGGGAGGGGAUUCACACAGUUAUCCAGCCUACACAGUCACCAACGAAUUCACACUGGGGAGAGGCCGUUCACCUGCUCAGACUGUGGGAAGGGAUUCAUUCAAUUAUCUGAUCUACAAAAUCAUCAGCGAGUUCACACUGGGGAGAAGCCAUUCACCUGUUCAGAAUGUGGGAAAGGAUUCACUCAGUUAUCCAGCCUACGCAGUCACCAACGAGUUCACACUGGGGAGAGGCCGUUCUCUUGCUCAGACUGUGGGAAGGGAUUCACUCAGUUAUCCAGCCUACACAGUCACCAACGAAUUCACACUGGGGAGAAGCCGUUCACCUGCUCAGACUGUGGGAAGGGAUUCACGCUGUCAUCUAAUCUACUGAGACACCAGCGAGUUCACACUGGGUAGAGGCUGAUCACCUGCUCAGUCUUUGGUCAGAGAUUUUCUCGGCCAUCUCCACCAAAUGUGCAUGAUUGUCAAGUCAAACUUGAGUUUCAGGAAGGUAUCAAGGAAGAGCAAGAAUUCACUGGCAGAGAGGACGGAACCUACUGCCUGAGGGCGGUUUCUGCCCAGAACAUUUGGGCGGACCCCGCAACGUCACAGUGGCAGUCCGAGAGCAGCGUCACAUCGGCAGCCAGGAGCAGCGUCACAACCCGCGGUAAGAUGCCGAACUUUAAAUAAUUGUUGAGACUGUUUCAGGGAAAGGAGCACUGCUGUCACUGCGUUUGGGUGAACUCCGCCACCGGGAUCAUCGCAUGCAGGGACUUCUUGAAACCGGUGCGAGGCUUAAGAAGAGCUUGCGAACCUUCGAGAGAGUUCACCCAGUUUGGAACCAUAACGGUCCAGUAGAGAAACAGAGGUGCAGGUCCAAAAUCAUCUCCAAAGUCCGAGAGGCAGCCAGUUUUUCACCUGAUCCUAAUGCUAAUGCUACUGCCACUGCCUUAUGACUAUCCUUGACUAGACUAAUGACUGACUUACCGCUGAUUAUUUAUGACUACUGACUAAUAAUUACCAACUGCCACACUUGCGAAAAUAAAAAUAAAAAAGGAAGAAGAAAGAAAGUUGUUUGGUCAUUGAGUGGAAUCCGGUUAAAACCUUCAGGUAGGCGUAUUCUGUCCCUUUCAAGUGGGGAAGCUGCACAUGGGAGCAAGAACUCCGACUUGACAGUGAAAAUACUGCUUGACAACACUGUUUGACCAGGAAAAAGAAAUCUGGGAGCUUUGAGCUGGAACAGCAAGAGCAAUAACCUGGAGUCCUGAAAUAGGAAGGAAAUCAAGUUCAGAUAAAACAACAUCAAAGCAUCACUAAAAAGUUGUACUCUCCCCUGCAGAGGGAAUCAAACAUGUCUGAUCAAGCUAUUGGGAAAUCAGUUGAGCAACUCAAGCUAGAGAGAAUGACAGCAAAAAGAUUGUUUUCUUGUCUGGCUAACAGUAUUACCAGGACCUAUGAAGACAUGUCUGAAGAGGAGCUCAGAGUGAGUUUCAAUAAACUCACAAUAGAAGCCCAUGAAAGCCAAUGACGAUGCGGAGGCCGGACUCACUGCAGAAUGGGAGGUGGAGCUGAACACAGAGAAAGUAGCUGUGUUAACUGAACAGCAAAAAGCUGAUCUGGCAAAGACGGCAAAUGAGUGUGAGUUGAAACUGAAGGAAAUCAGAAGGCUGAUCUGGGAGACUCUUUGGACCAACUUUGGAAAUGUUGAGUUGCUCACAGUACUACAAGCAGCAGAGGAUGAAUGUAAAGACGUCACUGCUGUACAACCCGAUGGCCACCAGGAGGCGGUCGGCUUCAUGCUUAACCAUCUGCAAGGAAUGGUAAAGACAGCGAAGGAGGUGGGAACGAUGGAACUGGCCGGGGGAUCGGAAGCACCUUCAGAGUCGCCUAAAGGGGCUCGAACUCCAAAUCCCCAAGCUGGUUUCCAAGAAGGCCCACUUCAUACAGGCAAGGAGAAAGGAGGAUGCUGAAAGACUAACACUGACGGCAUUGGGCUUUUCCUCCAAUUUUCCCACGCCAGCCAUCAGACUGAAACCGACGGCCAUUCCCAAGUUUACUGGCAGCAGACGUGAUUUUCACAGGUGGAGAAAGGACUGGGAAGCACUCCAGAGGCAGAGAGAGCUGACCGGUUCAAGAGAGGUGAAAAAGGUUCAACUGCUGGACAGUCUUGACGACAAAGUCAGAAGAGACCUUCGCCUCAAAACUUAUAAAACUGCAGAUGUCAUCUUCUGUGUUCUAGAAAACCGCUAUGGAAAUGGAGUGUGGAAAUCGGAAGUGGGAUAGUAUUGGCGCAGCAUGCGAGCCAAAAUGCGGGGGUUGUGGCUGCGGAAACUGCCAGCCAGGCGGCAAAGGAAUGACUCUUGCUGAAGAGAGGGAACUUGUAUACAAAUUCAUAUACAAAAAAAAUCAAAGCAAUAGUGAUAAGGGAGAAAGAAAGGCAUGAAUAUUGACUUCUCUAACUUCCGUUAAUGCCCCUCCUCCCCUUCUUACCCCAUCCCUGACAUGCUUAGUUGCCCAUCACUCCACUUGUUCUCCAUCUCCCUCUGGUGCUCCCCUCCACCUUUCUUUCUCCCUAGGCCUCCUGUCCCAUGAUCCUUUCCCUUCUCCAGCUCUGUAUCACUUUUGCCAAUCACCUUUCCAGCUUUCAGCUUCACUCCACCCGCUCCGGUCCUCUCCUAUCAUUUCACAUUUCCCCCUCCCCCACCUACUUUCAAAUCUCUUAGUAUCUUUCCUUUCUGUUAGUUCUGACGAAUGGUCUCGGCCAGAGACGUUGACAGUGCUCCUCCCAAAAGAUGCUGCCUGGCCUGCUGUGUUCCACCAGCAUUGUGUGUGUGUUUGAAUUUCCAGCAUCUGCAGAUUUCCUCGUGUUUGCACAAUAUACGAAGGAUACUUCACAUUAUGGAUCAUAUAUACAAAAAAAUAAAAUCAAAGCAAUAGUGAUAAGCGUGGACGCUGAAAAGGCAUUUGAUUCGGUUAAUUAGAAUUUUCUUUACAGAGUUUUACAUAGAUUUGGUUUCCAUAACAAUUAUUAAAACUAUACAGGCACUAUAUGACAACCCUACCGCUGGAUUAAAAUCAAUGGAUAUUUAAUCAAAUAGUCUUACCCUAGAAAGGGGCACAAGACAGGGUUGUGCAUGGUCAGCACUACUCUUCGCAUUAUAUCUGGAACCAUUAGCUCAAUACAUGAGACAAAGUGGGGAAUUACUAGUAAAGGGGCAGAGCAUAAAUUGGCUUGUUACGUGGAUGACAUUUUGAUCUAUCUAGGGCAACCAACAUACUCUUUACCUGAUUGAUGCAAUCCUUUGAACAAUAUGGUCAAUUAUCAGGAUACAUUAUCAACAUAGAUAAAACCCAAUUACUUUCAUAUUACUACAGCCCAGCAAGAGAAAUUGAAAGUAGAUAACCCCGGGCAUGGCAAACAGAGUCUUUCAAAUAUUUGGGCAUCAUUAUGCUAAAAGAUUAGGCAACAUUAUCAGAAUGUAAUUAUCAGCCUUUAUAUAAAAAGAACAUUAAGGAAUAUAUAGCAAGAUGGAACCUGAUUCCUUUCUUUUAGUUUCAGUUCAAGGAGUGAGUCUAUUAUAAUGAAUACACUGCCCAGACUGUUAUAUCUCUUUCAGCCCCUACCAAUAGAGAUUAAUCAAAAUCAAUUCAAUGAAUGGAACAAGAUGUUAUCAAGGUAUAUUUGGCAAGGUAAAAGGCCUAGAGUUCAUCUCAAAACUUUGCAAUUAGCAAAGGAAAAGGGUGAAUGCGGCCUAACUUCUCUUCGAGGUUAUUAUUUUGCAGCACAGUUGAGAGCUGUGAUGUGCUGGAGCAACCCAUCAUAUGACGCUCAAUGGAAAAACAUUGAGGAGCGGGUACUUCCCAUCCCCAUACAAGCAGUUUUGGCUGAUAAUAACUUGCAAAGGGUACUGAUUUACUACAGGGGACACGGCACACAGCAUCCACCAAAACGAUAUUUCUUUAGUUUGGCCGGGCUGCGGGUCUAUCACCCCCCAUAUUAAGCUGAGGGCCAAAGCGAGAGUUAC